AUGGGCAGAAUUGGGAUCAUAUCGGAGGAGGAGGAAUUGGGAUCAUAUUCAUCGGCAUCCUUCAAGAUGAAGAGAAAAUCAGCAUUGGCCUCCAAGCUUAAAUCUUCCAUUUCCAAACAUCUCCUCUGUCACUUUUACUCCCACGACAAUGUCCUUGCCAGAGACAGAGAGGGUAGAGUUGAGACUAAAUCUAUCAUCAAUUACAAUGGGGCUGACUGCAAAUCUCCAACAUACAUACCUCAUCUUUUGGUAACGCCUCUGCGGCCCGGCUACCUACCUCUUCAUCAACACUUCAUUCAUCCUGCCAACCGACAGAAUCCAGCAGUUUCUGGAACCCCCUAUGAAAUGAUUUUUCCACCCUACAGUACCGGUUACAUCGCUACUUCUGCAGUAGAAUCUUCACCUGGCAUUUCGAGGCCCACGGAUGGAGAGUCGCACCACCAGCGCGCUUCUUCUGAUAGCUUUCUGAUUCAGCAAUUAUCUUGGCUUGAAGAACUCCUGGAUGAUGAGCCAGACUCACCUCUGUGCAAAGGUCAUCGACGUUCAUCAAGUGACUCUGUUGCAUUCCUGGACACAGGAACCAACACAUUUAGGAAAGAAGAAACCAAGCUUAAAACUAGUGCUGCAGCUGGUGGACCUUCUUGGGAAUUUCAGAUAAUUAAUUAUCAUGGAAAUUCGUGGAAAACUAGCUUUCAUUCGAAUUCUACUCCUCCUGACCAGGAAAAGAAAAAGCCCAGGGAAUCGCCCCUGAUUUCUAUGACCAGCGGUUCCACUGGAGUUGUGCCUUCAAGGGAUAGCGUUACUCUUCAACACUCUGCUCCACAAGAACCAGGAGUAGGUUUGCCAUUGAAACCAAUUGUAAAACAAAAUCAAGAAGUGCUAGAAGCUUCAUCGGAUAUUAAUCCUAAACCUUCUUCAUCGAAAACAGAUUCCAAGCGUGCUAAGCAGCAAUUUGCUCAACGUUCACGCUUAAGGAAACUUCAAUAUAUAGCUGAACUGGAAAGAAGUGCUGAAGGAUCUCAAGCUUCAGCCAAUCUUGAAUAUCUAAAUCGACAAAUUCUCAUACUCGGCAUGGAAAACCGAGCCUUGAGGCAACGUUUGGAUAGUUUAUCUCAGGAACAACUUGCAAAAUACCGUAAGUAUCUCGAUAUGACCCCCUACACUUUUAUCAUUACUUUCUGCACAAUGGCCCCUAUAUUUAAUUUGGACAAUACAAUUAGAGUAUCAUUUGUUGUUCAAAACAGUGGAGCAGGAUGUGCUAGAGAAAGAAGUAGCACGGCUUAA